AUGGAUAGCUUGUCGGCGGCUGCAGCUUCUGCGGCCGCGCAGGCGGCAGAGGCGGCGGGUGCCGCGCUGACCACGGGGUCGUCCUCGUCGUCUCUUCUCGUCUUUGUGUUUCCCUUCCUCUUUCCGCCUUCGCUCUUUCUCCUUCUUCUGCUCACGUUCUUUGUCUUCUUCGCGGCUUCUGUUCUCCUCCGCUACCUAAAAAUUCUUCACCUGCGGCGCCAACAGGAGCUCCUUCGCCUCGCGGCCUCGAGCGCCGCCGCCGGUGUACAGCCACCUGGCGCGGCGCCGGCGGUGUAUCUGUCGGGGAUCUCGGCGCUCUGCGCGCCUGCGGCCCCCUCCGCCGGCCGCUGGAUUUCCUUCGAACACCUCGCGCUCCUUGCACUCCUCACGAAAGAUGCUGCGUGGAACGUCCUGCGCAAGCUGGGGCUCGCCGCGUACGCGAUUCUGUUUUUUUGCCUCUCUGGUGAAGAGCGCGGACUCGAGACUGCCCUGAAGCGGCAGCGCGUGUCUCUUGACACCGCGGACGCCAUAGAGAGGCGAACGAUUAUCUUCAUUCGGCACGGCGAGUCUGUCUGGAACGCGACGUUCAACCGGCCGAUGCUCUCUUUCUUUUUCCCGCUGCGUUUCUGUCUUUUUUGGCUGUGGGAGCUCUUCCUGGCCCCGGAGCGCGAUUCUGUGUUGUUCGAUUCGCCGCUGAGCACCGUGGGCAUCUGCCAGGCCGCAGAGCUUCGCACAGCCCUCCGCGGCUCGGCGCCUUCCUGUGUCCCGCCUUCCUCCUCUCCGUCGCUCCGAGGCCUCAGCAAAGGCGGCAGCGAGGUCGGGUGGCCUGCGCUGCUGACGGCCUGGACUGCGUCGGGGGCGGGGGGCGCCUUCGCCGGCGCGCCGCAGAGCUCCGUGGAGAUGGAGACUCUCGGCGACUCCGCGGAAGGCGCCCGCGACGGCAGUGUAGGCGACCCCUGUCGCGCCGGGAUGGCGGUGACGAGCGGGAAAGUGGAGCGCCGCUUCGUUGGCGUGGCGGCGAAGAAAACGGCGGCGGGGUGGAACGAGGACGCCGACGACGGCCAAGCGGAGCGGGCUCUGACCGCGAGUGACGGCGUACGUACACGGCAGGGGCAGUGCGGCGCGCCAGCUGCGACGUCGCUGAGUCUGGCGAAAGCCGAAGAGCGAGAAGAAGGCAUGCGGAGUCGCGCGCGCUCGGUGGAGGACGCGUGUUGCGCGACGGCCGCAGGGCUGGGAGAAGGAAGGGAUGGAGCGGAAGACAGCGUCUUGGGCGAAAGCACUGACACAAAGCGCGCGGCCGCGACGAUUGAGAGCGCGGGGCUCCAAACUGCGAACGCCAUUCAGGACAGCUUGGUCCUCGUCACGUCCAACUUGAGGCGGGCGAUUUCCACCCUCUUGAUUGCCCUGGGUCCCUCCGUGCAAGUUCAUUCGCAAACUGUUCAGAUCCUUUCUUCUCUCCAGGAAUCGACGCGUUUCCCGGAUGCGCUGUCGCUUUCGAGUUUUUCGUUUUCGCGCAAGUCGUCGCCGCCGCUGUCUCAGCUCGAAGAGGCGAUCGUCGGCGCGUCUCUGGGGCAGCUGUAUGCGAGUCACUUGGAUCAGAAGUUCAACCGCGGCAACAAGCGGAUCUACACGACGCUUGUGGGGCGUCUCUUUGCCUUCUCCGCGUGGCUCUUCGCGGAGGGAUCUACGGAGCGCCAGGCCGUCGUCGUCGUUGGUCACUCCCGAUGGCUGCGCUACUUCUUCCGCAUGUUUCUCCCGGCGGAUCAGACGCACCCAGCGGCGGAGAAGAAGCUGUCAAACUGCGGCGUGCUCAAGUUCGACUUUCUUCAGCUGCGUCAAAAGGGCUCCGCGCGCACCGACUACCUCAUCGACUCGCGGUCCUGUCAGCUCUUGCGAGGCGCCUUCGCCUCUUAG